GCUGCUGCACGUCCCAAGACCAGGUCUUAGUAGCAACCUUCCUUCUACUGCUUCCCCCCCCCCCUUUCCUUUUGGCUGAAGAGAAGUGUCACAUUUUGCUCACUCUCAGUCCUUCCCAGCCCCUAGCCCUCUCCAAAGAACUUGCGUGCUCCUGUGGAGGGGGUGCUGUGAGCCACCUCCAGCCCCAGAUGACUGCUGCAGCAACUUUCAACACUUCUCACUGCAACACUAUGAAGUUGCUUGGGAAGCUCAGGAGCCCAACAGCUGCCUUCUUACCUCUGUGCUUGCUCUUUAUGAAGACUCUGCAGCUCGGGUAUAGCCACCUUUAUAACAACCGCUAUGCUGGUGAUCAAGUAAUAAGACUUAUACCCAAAACAGAAGAGGAAGCAUAUGCAUUGAAGAAAUUGUAUCAUCAGCUUAAGGUGGACCUGUGGCAGCCCAGCAGUGUCUCCUAUGUAUCCGAAGGAACCGUCACUGAUGUCCAUGUUCCCCAAAAUGCUUCCCAGGCCCUGUUAGCCUUCUUACAGCAAGCCAACAUCAAGUACAAGAUUCUCAUAGAAGAUCUUCAGAAAACACUGGAUAAAGGAAGCAGCUUGCAGACCCGGAGAAAUCGAAGAUCUGUUCCUGGAUAUAAUUAUGAAGUUUAUCAUUCCUUAGAGGAAAUUCAAAACUGGAUGCAUCAUCUAAAUAAAACCCAUUCGAGCCUCAUUCAGCUGUUCUCUAUUGGGAAAUCAUAUGAGGGAAGAUCUCUCUUUGUUUUAAAGCUGGGCAGAAGAUCUCGCGCUUACAAAAGAGCUGUCUGGAUAGACUGUGGUAUUCAUGCACGAGAAUGGAUCGGUCCUGCCUUUUGUCAAUGGUUUAUAAAAGAAGCUCUCCUAACAUAUCGAAGUGACCCAGCCAUGAGAAAAAUGUUGAAUCAUCUCUAUUUCUAUGUCAUGCCUGUUUUUAAUGUGGAUGGAUACCAUUUUAGCUGGACCAAUGAUCGAUUCUGGAGGAAAACAAGGUCAAGGAACUCAAAGUUCCGCUGCCGAGGAGCGGAUGCCAAUCGGAACUGGAGAGUGAAAUGGUGCGAUGAAGGAGCUUCUAUGCACCCUUGCGACGACACAUACUGUGGACCUUUUCCAGAGUCUGAGCCAGAAGUGAAAGCUGUAGCUAACUUCCUCCGAAAACACAAAAAGCACAUUAAGGCUUACCUCUCCUUUCAUGCAUAUGCCCAGAUGUUGCUGUAUCCCUAUUCUUACAAAUAUGCAACAAUUCCCAAUUUCAGCUGUGUAGAAUCUGCAGCUUAUAAAGCUGUUAAUGCACUCCGGUCAGUAUAUGGGGUGCGGUAUAGAUAUGGACCUGCCUCCAGCACCUUGUAUGUGAGCUCUGGUAGCUCGAUGGAUUGGGCCUACAAAACUGGGAUACCCUAUGCAUUUGCUUUUGAGCUACGUGACACCGGGCAUUUUGGAUUCUUGCUCCCAGAGGCGCUCAUCAAACCCACCUGUACGGAAACUAUGAUGGCUGUGAAGAAUAUCACAAUGCAUUUGCUAAAGAAGUGUCACUGAGGGACAGGAACAGUCAGCUGCCAGAGACAGUGGAUUCUGAACAGUGGCUGUUUGGAGUGUGGAUGGAAAUUAUUUU